AGGGGAGGAUGGCAGGCGCCAAAUACCAAUUAUUAUUUUUCCUUCUUCUUACUAAAGCAAACGAAUGUUAUACGUCAUCCUGGAAACUACAAGAAAAGGGGGAGAGUGGAAACAAAUGGAACUUAAUCAAUAAAGACCUCAAUCAGUAUGACUACGAAGUAAAAGCGAAUGGUAGCAGUGCAACUGGUCUAACUCUAAACAUGCUGUUAAGAUACAAGAUCCCCGCAUCUGCUUACUGGAUGAGUAUUGAUUGGAAAUGGGAGUUGAGCACAUCAGAUUCAUUCCUGCUCUUCAAAUUCGGAGGAGUCCUGCAGUAUCGAAGGAGAGGGGAGGAUGUAUGAGCACGGGGGAAUUUACCGUCACAGCAUCCCCUUCCGUAAACUCAUCAAUCUGGAGAUUUGGCAGAGACUCCAACAAAUUUUAUGUUAUAAGAGAUGGAGAAACUGUUGGUAAUAUAUCCCGAGUAUCACUUGCUUGUCUAAAAGAUGAAGAGUGGGAUACGAUGGUCGGGUCAUAUCUCAAGGUCGUUAUUGAACGAGGCGGUAAAAUAGUCCCCUUGUAUUAUAGAAGAGUUUGCAGUAUUUCUGAAGAGGCAGACGAUAAAGCAGGUAAUGGGAACCCCAAUAAUAGAACUGGAGGGUGCAUUAGAUGUGAUGAAGGAACUAUUCACGCCAACGAAGAAGGAUCGACAUGUAUUGCCUGCAGUCCAGGAACGUACAGAUCCACAGGUAUGAUACAGUGCACCACCUGUCCGGCUAACACAUUCAGCUCUGAAGGAGCAGCUAUCUGUAAAAGAUGUACUGAUGGGACUGUUUCUAAUCCUCUACAUACUAACUGCACAGAUUGUGAUGCAGGAACAUACAGAAGAAGAGCGUUUUGCCUCUACCGAUGGUUUGAUAUGGAAGAAUGUGAACUAUGCCCAGAGAACACCUACAGUUUUAGUGGAUCAACUGGGUGUACAAAUUGUUCUGAAGGAAUGUUAGCUAAUGAUGAAAGAGUAAACUGUUCAGAUUGUGAUGCAGGAACUUAUAGAACAAUCGGAAUGAAAGAAUGUGAACCAUGCCCAGUAAAUACUGAUAGUCCUAAAGGAUCAGCACGCUGCUCAGAGUGCCCACAAGGAACAUUCGCUAAAGAUCCAAAAUCAAACUGUGCUAAUUGCGAAGCUGGAACGUUCAGAACGUUUAAGAUGGCGGAAUGUGAGCAGUGCCCAGUAAAUAACUAUAGUCCUGUGGGAUCAGCAAGUUGCACGAACUGUUCUGAAGGGACUUUCAACAAGGACCAAAGAGCUAAAUGUUUAGAUUGUGAAGCUGGAACCCACCGAUCUUAUAAUAUGUCAGAAUGUGGACUGUGUCCCGUUAACACUUACAGUGUUGGAGCAUCAGCUAGCUGCACAAACUGUCCGGACGGAACCUUUUCCAACGAUCAACGAACAUACUGCAUGUGUGCCACUAAAAAUGAGACCCAUCACGAUUACGGUAACUACGCCUGGAAGGAAAUAAUAGUUGGAAGAUGGGGUGAAGUUCCUUGUUUCUAUGACAGUAAUGUGAGUUAUAAUCCUUGUUUCUAUGACAGUAAUGUGAGUUAUAAUCCUUGUUUCUAUGACAUUAAUGUGAGUUAUAAUCCUUGUUUCUAUGACAGUAAUGUGAGUUAUAAUCCUUGUUUCUAUGACAUUAAUGUGAGUUAUAAUCCUUGUUUCUAUGACAGUAAUGUAAGUUAUAAUCCUUGUUUCUAUGACAUUAAUGUGAGUUAUAAUCCUUGUUUCUAUGACAGUAAUGUGAGUUAUAAUCCUUGUUUCUAUGACAUUAAUGUGAGUUAUAAUCCUUGUUUCUAUGACAGUAAUGUGAGUUAUAAUCCUUGUUUCUAUGACAGUAAUGUGAGUUAUAGUCCUUGUUUCUAUGACAUUUAUGUGAGUUAUACUACUAUUUUGAUAUAACAUUUUAUUAUGCUGUUAGGAUUGUAAUUAACCCUAUUUUUCUUUACUUGCAAAUAAUUAUUAGGACUCAAAAGUGGCCAGGCGGCGAUGUUCCGAAAGUGGAAGUUUUGAGGAUACCGAUUUCACAGAAUGCUCUUUACUUGCUUCAAAACUAAUGAACGAAAUUAUGAGUAUUUUUUCGGAAAAUUCCACAUUGUCAGAAUCUGCAUACGUAUCAAAAAAGAUCGAGAAUGUAACUAAAGAACUGGAAGACACCACAGAGAAAUCAGGAAGUUCACUGACAUCCAAUGAAGUUGACCAAUCGGUCGAUAUCAUUGAAAGAAUCCUUUCUCUAGGAGAACCGAAAAUUUUCCCACCUGAGGAACCAGCCGCACUGAGAGUAAACAAAACAUCACCAGAGGCAGCACUCGAUCACCCACCUGUACUCUCACCCAUUGCUCUUAAGACCAUAAUGUCCACGAUGGAUAAUAUUCAGAAAAACACUGAAGUUGAAGACCUUCGACUAGAUAAAACAAAUGAUAGACUUAAAACAGCUUCUGUCUCGAUAUCAAGGAAACUCAUGGUUGUUAAGCAGACUGAUUCUAACUCACUAGAAGACUUGAUCAUACAAGAAUCGGUCGGUUUUGGUGUGGCAAAGGUAAAGAAAGGACAAGGUGAGGACGAAAAGAAUAUAUUAGGACUUUCAGGUGAAAAUAAUGUUCUUAAAAACAGUUCGGUGCCCGCAAGUCAAAAUGAAGAGAAUGUGUACUUCCAGGCUGAACUAGAAACACCAGACAGUAUGGUUGCAGCAGUGGUGUUCUACCAAUCGGACAACCUUUUCCCCUCCGAUUCUACCAUGAAUAUAAACCUUGAUGGAUCUGCGGAACAAGACAGUACAAUUUCUCGGAAUCUCGCUCAGUUAUUACGUAUAGAUGGUUCCGGUGAAAUGAAGAAAAUAUCGUUUGUGGCGACUAUCAUUGCAGAUAUCAAUAUCAUGGACAAAAUAACUUUGCAAACGAACAAUUCGGAACUCAAAGAAGAUAUUGCACUUGACUUUCAAGUUAAGGAUUUUGCCAAAGGAGUAAUUGACUAUACAAAAAGGAAAACGUCUGUUCAUCAUUCUCUGGACUGUAAAUUUUACAAUGAUUCACUCAAAGAUUGGAGUGAACAAGGUUGUAAAACUACAACAGUUUUCAACGAAUCUAGAAACACAUAUGAGGUGCUAUGUGAAUGUGACCAUCUCACUAGUUUUGCUGUUCUUAUGACAUUCGAGAGUGAGUCAAGUGAAACAGAAGAUAUGGUUUCUUUGGUCCUCCUGGCUCUCAGUCUAUUCUGUUUGGUCCUCACUCUUCCCGCUAUCUUCUUCAUUAGGGAGAGGAGAGAGGUCCUGUACUCGCAAGUGAAGAUGAUGCUCACAACCGCUCUCAUCCUCUCCAUUACAUCUUUCUUUUUAAUGGACUAUUUCGUGUCGGCUGAUAGCCAUACAGACCCCAGUAUUCCGUGCUCAAUUAUAUCGUUCCUUCUCAACUACUUCUGGCUAUGUCAAAUAAGCUGGAUGGUUUUACUAGCGAUAACAAUGUACAAAGCACUGGUGAAAGUCUUUGGAAUCGACAUUGAUCACGCAUUCUUGAAGUACUGUGUUGUUGGAUGGGGUGUUCCUAUAAUUUUUCCAACUGCGGGUAUGGCAUGGGGUGGAAGAAGAUUUACUGAUCCAAAAACAUGUUACAUCAGACAUCCCUAUGGACUGGCGACAUUCUACGGCCCACUUGCUCUAGGGAUGCUUAUAAACUGGUUUGUCUUCUUCUCCAUCGCACGAGUAAUAUUUAAAGCUCACGAAACGAAAGCAAAAAAACGGCGCUGUUCAAAGAUAAAGUUAAGACAGGAACAGUUAAAAGCUGCAUUAGGUGUAUCUACGCUACUGGGUCUCAGUUGGCUAGUGGGAUUCUUUCUUCUGAUGAAUUCCUCAAACUACAGUCAUAUAAGUGUGGUUCUAAGAUGGCUAUUUAUUCUUCUUAAUGCUCCACAGGGAAUGCUCAUCUUCCUGUUUGGCGUUAUGAUGGAUAAGAAAGUCAGGUCAUUUUGGAUACAAAAGCUAACAUGUGGGAGAUAUGGCGGCAAAAACUCAACUCAAUCUGGUUGGCAGUCUCGACCGGGAGGAAGUUACUUUAUUCCCAUUACCGUUACUACUACUACUAGCCCCAUAACCGGCGUGAAAAAUACUAAUCUGCAGACUUCAGGACAACAGAAUAGACAAACACGAAUUAAUAUUGCUGAGAAAGGGGCAGGUAGAAGUGGAAUUAAGCCAAUGGCAAGUCAGGCUGCACUUCCCAGAGGCCGUAAAGUGAGGAUAUUGAACGGGAUGAGACGCUCUCUUACAAAUGUUGCACUUCACAUUAGGAGGCCUAAGCCUGCUGUUAAUCAAGCAAUCACUGAGUAGAGUGGACUGACUUUAGCUUAAAUAAGGAAGCAGAAACAGAAAGGCACAUUUUUGUUCAUCACAUGUUGGCUUGUUGCCAGCUUUGUUGGCUUGUUGCCAGUGCUGCUGGACGUUAAGUUAUGACUUAGUCAGACAUCAAUUUUGUUAUGCAAUUGCAGGGAUGAUUCAUAACAUAUUCUAUUGCCCCCAUAUUUAGAAAUUUAACUUAUCGGUUAUUAGGUUAUUAUAAUUUCAUGAGUUAAUAUCGACAAAGCUUC